ACCUUUAACACAAGAUUCUUCAAAAAGUUCUAUGAUGCAAUUAGAUCCUUCUUCUGUAUAUUUUUUAGAUGAACCAAUAGAGUAUUAUGAAGAAUCUAAUAAACAUUUUUUUGAAGAAGACAAUAUUAGUUAUCAUGAUAAACCUGCUAUAUAUUCUUCAGAAUAA